AUGUGCGAACAGUAUAGACCCAAUAUCGAAGCCAUUUUGAAAGACUCUGAUCUCUCCACGAUCACAACAAAGAAAGUUCGUCGUACCUUGGAAGAACAAACUGGAACUUCUCUCGAGCCUAUGAAGAAGGAAAUCAACGCGUUUAUUGAAGAAAUAUUUGUCAAUUUUCAGCCUCCUGAGAAGCCAGUCGAUAAGUCUUCUUUGGUUGUUGAUACUCGAAAAAAAAGCCUCCGAAAGACGACACCUGCUACUAUAAAGAAGAAAGAAGUCAAAAAGAAGGCUGGCUCUGGCGAAAAAAAGGCAAUUGAUUGGCCAUUACUCAAGAUCAACUCACCUCUGAGUACAAUCAUUGAUACAGACCUUUGUUCGCGUCCUCAAACAGUAAAGAGAUUGUGGGAGUACAUUAGAAAAAAUAAGUUACAGUCAGAGAACGACAAACGAGUCAUCAAUUGUGAUGAUCUAUUGAAGGAAAUAUGUAAAGGAAAAGAGACAAUCAAUGCAUUUACUAUCAACAAGUAUCUUAAGGAUUAUUUUGUAACAAUUCCUAAAGAGGAACAAGAGACUUACAAACAAAUUUUGCGUGAAAGAGAAGGCAAGCAGUCUCAAGAUGCUCCAGCAGCAUAA